CUUUUGCCUUCCUCUGCUGGGGCCUUAUCCGCUGUUUCGGCACUGUUUCGGCAACAAACCCCACUGCGCCCUCGGUCUUUGCAUGUGAUUGGCUGAAAUAUUUCCACCAGAGGGGAUAGCGCAGCCAUAACAUCAUUUGUGAGCCCCGGCCGCAACAUAUUUGUUCAACGACAUGGCGCACGCAUUGUUGUGGUCAAGUCUUCAGCAGCGCGCUAGGAUUACCCAAUUGCGCACCCCAAGACAAUCCAGCGGCGUUCGUGCACCUAUAUGCCGGCGCCAGACACCAGCGCGCGCGCAAUCAACAACCUCAGCGCCAGCUGCACCCGCGGCCGUUGGGCGCAGCUAUGUGAACUUUGAGGCAAAUCCCGAACACUUUCAGAGGGUCAUUGCCCGUCUAGCGGCGGCGCACAACGGCGCCACCUCUGCGGACGUCUCCGCGACUUCCACUUUUGAAGACCCCGCCCCGCCAGUCGCCGCCCCCGCCCAGAAGCCUUGGACCGGCAUCCUGGCCGGCCUACUCGGUGGUCAUCGCAGCGAGGACAUCCCGGUGCCGCAGGACCUGACGGUGGAUGACGGCUCGCCGCUGCACCGCUGCGUCGUCAUGUUCACAGCCACUUGGUGCGGCCCCUGCAGCAUGGUGUACAAGGAGCUGCAGCACGCCAGCGGCCUGCUGACCACGGGGCUGCGGCGGCCGGCGGCCAUACUGGUGAUCGACGUGGACGCGCACAGCCAGCUGGCCACACAGAUGGGCAUCAAGGCUCUUCCCACGCUGCUGUACCUGGGGGCGGACACAGGCAAGGCGCCGCUGUUCACACAGGGCCCGGUGUCCUCGGGCUUCAUCCUGGACAUGUUGGACCGGGCGGAGGACUACGGCGGCCACGACCUGGCAGCCAAGUGGCUCAAGCUGUGAGGGGCAGGAGGGCCGACAAGGCAGGCGGGGGAGCGAGGGCGAGGGCGGGGGCUGGGGCUGGGGCCAGCAGGCGACUGCUGCUGUGGGGUACUGAAGUUGCGAGCGCACGUGGUUGACCGUAGCCGGCGGCUGAAGCUAGAUGUUCCCAGGACUGGGACGCGGCUUCUGUGGAGGAACGAUGGCAGGUGACAUGGGGCAAGAGGUGGGUUACGACUAUGGAGUCAUGGCACGGCAUCAUGGCAUGUGAAUGGCAGGGUUGGGGCUGUCAUCCGAGGUGCAUGUGCGUGUGUGCGCAUGCAGCAGGCGCGCCCAGGCAGCACCCUGAGCGGUGGGCGGGUGCAUCAAGCGCCUUGAGCGCCUUGAGUGGACAUACCUCCACACGGGGCGAUGUCGGAGAGCAAGCAGGGGUGUGAGGAGCGGAGAGGGCAUUGGCGCAUCCCUUUGCAUGCGGGCUUGGGUGGGUGCCAUACUGACAUGCAUGGCAUGCACAAGAAUCGGCCGACUGGCCAGCACACUGCAUGCUGCGCUGCGUGGGGCGGUAGUGCACAAAUAAGCGAUGCGGUGUCUGCGCCAGAGCUGGACACGGAGGCUGCCAUGUCCUACAUAUACAUAGCUAAUCACAAUCUCGUUUGCGCGAGUAUGGAUGACCAUACAGAGUGAUACCAGAAUGCGUGAUGUUCGGAUUGUGGGUUAGCGCCUUAGCGGCAGCAUAGUUGGCCCGGCGUAUCAUCCGGAAGGACGUGAGUGUACAAAUAUACGACCUGCUGGGUGACGAGUGCAUGUGAUUGAGGUUUACUUUUGAAGGAGACGCUGGCCGGAGGUGAAACGGGACCUGGCCGGCGGGGAAUGGGGGCGGGAGGGCGAGGAGUGCACAACCGCGUCGACGUGGCGGCCAGUUCUCUGUUGGUAAGGGACUUGUUACAGUUUUUAUAGGCUCAUUUACACACCAGUUCAUGUAAUC